AUGUCGUCGAACCCGUUCCGCAAAAAGGCGCUGCAGGCCAUCGACACGGGCCGCGCCCAGUCCCCCGCCAAGUCGAGCCUGCGCAGCUCCUCGUCCAACUCGCCGCUGCCCGCCGCGGCUGCCCUCGACGGCAGCGAUGCCACCCUCGACUCGGACGGCCUCAGGCGGCCCAAGCCCGUCAAGAAGGUCCGCGUAAUGUCCCCGCCGCCGCUGUCCCCCGACUCGCCCGAAUGGCCGCGCAGCAGCGCCCCGUUCUACGAGUAUCCGCCGCCGCCCGGCGCUGCUCUUGGCCCCGACCCCGCGUCCGCCUAUGCCUUUGCCCCCGGGCCCGGGGAUCCCUUCAACGGCGUGCCCUUCUCUGUCGACGACGAGAGCGACCGCGAGACCGCCAGCAGCACGGCCACGCCUCCUCCGCCCCCGAGGCCGCCCCCGGCCGCCGUCAAGGGGCGCAACCCAGGGGCGCCGGUUGCGGCACCCGUGCCCGUCUCGACACCUACAUCCUCGUUGGAAUCCGCGCCGCCGUCAGCCGUGUCGGCGGCUGGAGUUCCCCCGAACCCCUUCAGCAAGACGUUGCAGGAUCUGGAGCAGUCGCGGGAGCUCGAUGCGCAGCAGCGCAGCGAAGGGGAGGCGCUCAAGGCCGGUAAUGCGGCCGCCCGGCAGUCCCUCAACGUGGACUCGUUCCGGCGGCUGCUCAUGACUGGCAAAGCGGACGACGAUGAUGCGGCUAGGAAGCAGGACGACUUGGUCGAGGCCAAAGCUCGUCCGGCAGAAGGCGCCGUGGACGACUCGUCCGAGUCGACCGACUAUACUACAACGGAAGACGAGGCUGGGCGCACGUUAUCAUCGAGUCCGAACCAGCAAAAGACGUCGAAGGAGAAGAAGGCGCCGCCGCCGCCGCCGAGCUCGCGGCAUGGCAAAUCCCUCAAGGAUGACGCAGCCGCACACCUCGCCCCGGCGACGGCGGCAUCCACAGACAUCAACAAGCCGCUGCCCAUAUCGCCCGUGCGGAGAAGCUACGACGACGAGUCCCCGUUCGACCGCGAGUCCGCGGGCAAGGUGCCGGAGCCGGAAGAGGAGCCGGAGAGGAAGGCUGCGGAGGAAGCAGAGCCCUCGGCGCAACCACCCACCACACCUGCCAGGCAGCCCAGCACGAGAAAGUCGGCGCCGGCUCCCCCGCCGCGGAGAGGCCACACCCGCUCUGAUACCCGCUCCGAGUCACAACUGCCGCAGCCGCAGCACGAUGUCCCGGCGAGGACAUCGACAGACGAGGGCACGCCGAGGCAACCCACUCAGGCGCCGCUCCCACCUCCGCCGCGGAGACCGUACGCGGCACCGCGGCAGACGUCGUCGCAGAGCGGCACCGCGGCGCACGUCGCCCAAGCAGCCGCCUCCACACCGUCCUUGCCUCACUACUACGAAUCCGAUUCUGACAGAGCUGCGGCAGCGUCGGAUGCUACCCCCGCGGGAAGCAGCCCCAGCGCGGGCAAGGUCACCUCUCCGCGGCCGCCCGCCCCGCCGCCCGCGCGCAACUCGUCUGUGCGACAACGACCCCCGAGCGUGAGCAGCGUCGACGGCAUCAGCAGGCGCAUCUCGAGCGAGGCGCCGCCGCGGACGUCUCGCGACGGGGCACCCCCGCAUCUGGGCCCGCCACCGCCGCCACCGCCCAAGAGGCAGAGGGGCAACAGCUCGAGCAGCAGCAUCGACCCGAGGAGGACGAGCGGCGAGAGCGCGUCCCGGCCGCAGCUCCAGCACCCGCAAGGGGGAAGUUCGGGCAAGGGCGUGGACAUCCUGGCGGACCUGGACGCGCUGCAGCGAGAGGUGGAUGCCCUGCGGGGAAAGAUGAGGUAG